CCUCACCUCACAGUCCUGUUCAGUGUGGUAGACAGCCAGCAGCCUGUCAGAUCUCCACUAUGAUGAAGCGGUGUGCAUUGUUGUUGCUGGCAUGUUUGUAUGUCCACUCUGCCCCCCUGGAGACUGACCUGAAACCUGGGUCAUGCAAGGACGCCGUGGCCCUGGGAGCAGCAGGACAGGCCCUUGGAAAGAUCAACAAGGACCGCAGGGAAGGCUACGUGUUCGCUCUGCACCGCCUCAGCAAUGUUCACCAGAUGAAUCAUGGUGAAACGGGGGUUGUGUUUUACCUGACAAUGGAUGUGCUUGAGACCAAAUGCCAUGUGCUCAGCAGAAAAAACGAAAAAGACUGUGAGGUCCGCCCAACUACUAACACACCGGUCUACGGUCAAUGCAAAGCUGCUAUCUACAUGAACAGAGUCCACAGAGUGGUCCGUCUGUACAAGUACAACUGUGUGGUCAGACCAGCAUCUGCUGCAAAAGUAUGGAAGGUCUGCCCAGACUGUCCCUCUGCAAUGUCUAAGGACAAUGAAAAAAUCCUGAAGGCUGCCACUCUGUCCAUGGCCAAAUUCAACAAGGAGAGCAACCUGGCCAAUUAUUUUGCCAUCCUCAACAUUACCCGUGCGACAUCCUCGAUGGGCAUGGCCACUUUCUACAACGCAGAGUUCACCAUUCAGGAGACUACUUGUGCCAACAGCACCAACCUUUCCGAAGCCCCCAAGUGCCCUCUGAUGGACUGCGAGUUUGCACACAAAGGACACUGCCGUGGCUCUAACUCUUUCAGCCAUACCGGAGAGGAGUUUGUCCAGGUUGAUUGUGACAUCUUUGAGAAUGAGAACUCAGAAAAGGAGAAGAAGGCUCAUCAGUUGGGAGGAGAGACCGACCACAGCCACACCUACCACGCUGGAGAGCACGGCAAAGACCACACCCACGAUGCUGCCGGCGGUACCAGCCACUCCCACGACCACACCAAGGACCACAAACAUGACAAAGCCCAAGGCCACAAGCACGGCGCCCAUGACCACUCCCAUGGCGUGGGAGCUGCCAGUGUACACACCCACCACGCCGAGGCACACAACCACAGCGCGGACGCCGGUCCGCACACCCACCACAAUUACAAGCACGGUGUGGAGGGCCACACUCAUGACCACGACCACGAGUUGGCCUUGGACCACGCCCACAAGCACACCCACCUGCAUGAGCAUGAACACCACCACCAUCACCACCACGACCAUAAGAACGAGUCCAAGCCCCACGUCCCACGGGGAACCGUGACCGUCCUCCCCGCCCUGGGCCUUCCCGUGACCCUGCCCUCCUUCCCAGACCAGCCUGUCGGCGAGCAGGGAGUCACUCUGCCCAUGGUCCAGGACCCGGAGAUCCCUGGGAUGAAUCAGCCCACCAUCUUGCUCUUCCCCACCACCAUGUCUCCGCAGUGUCCCGCUGAGGUCACAAAUGAGAACAACUUUGUGAAGGAGCUCUUCGCCGAGGACCCUCUCUUUUAAACAGCAGCGUAACUGGGCCCCUCUCUCCAUGGGCCUGAAACCCAGAAGCGAUCAAGCACAACACUACCAAUGUUGUUCGGUGGGACUCAUCGAGUUUCUGUUUGAGAGAUAUUUGGUUGUAUCUGUCUGCCAUCUUGCUGACUAUAAACGAUUUUCCCGCUCACCUAUCUGUUUGAGUGGUGCUUUGAAUGCCAGUGAACAUAAAAAAAAUCGAUGAGCAUUAUGUUAAAGACUGAUCCCAAUGAAGAUAGGUGUUGACAGCAUUGUUUGGUAUUCUAUUAACAUUCUCUAUGCCAUGAUUGAACACUGCUACUGAGAAGGAAUGUUGUUCUUAGUUACACAAAAUAAAAUGGCUUUACUGCUACCCAGUUA